UCCAGAGAUUGCUUCAGGAUUCUCCCUUAUUACUGUACCUGGGUAGCGCUACCUACACCUAAGGGCCCCAACGUUGUGCACAUAAUUUACCUGCAGAAUGUUGAUGCAGGAUAUGCAAAAGGAUCUCACGUGCCAACUAUGCCUUGAACUCUUCCGAUCCCCUAUCACCCCUGAAUGUGGUCAUACUUUCUGCCAAAGCUGCUUGACUGGGGCCCCUAAGAACCAAGGUGAAAAUGGAUCUACACUGUGCCCAACAUGCCAGGCUCCUUCUCGACCUGAGACCCUUCAUAUCAACCGUCAGCUGGAGAAUCUGGUGGAAAAAUUCAAGAAGGUCCCUCAAGUCCACUGCCUCGAACAUUCGGUCCCAUUGAGUGUUUUCUGUGAAUGGGACAAGGAGCUCAUCUGUGGUGUGUGUGCAUCACUUGGCAAGCACAAGGGUCACAAUAAUAUCACAGCUUCCGAGGCCUACAGCAAGAUGAAGAUUGGGCAAAAUCUUGUCUGAAUCUCCCCCUCAUGGGCGUCUCGACAUCCAGCUUCCCAUCAUUUCCGAGUUUAAGUUCCAGGUCUGGAGGAAAAUGU